GAAUAGUAUGGUUGAGUGAGAAAGUAAAUCCUGGUAUAUAUAGAGCUAUUACUGCUAAACAAGUUGGUGAAUGAACAGUCGACCAGAAAUCUUGCAAGAAAUCCAGAUUUCAAAAGUGGGAUUUUUCGAGAGGAAAGACGAAGAUUAUGGUUGAGUGAGAAAGUAAAUCCUGGUAUAUAUAGCGCUAUUACUGCUAAACAAAUCGGUGAAUGAAUACUCGACCAGAAAUCUUGCAAGAAAUCCAGAUUUCAAAAGUGGGAUUUUUCGAGAGGAAUGACGAAGAGUAUGGUUGAGUGGAAAAGUAAAUCCUGGUAUAUAUAGAGCUAUUACUGCUAAACAAAUCGGUGAGUGAAUACUCGACCCGAAAUCUUACAAGAAAUCCAGAUUUCGAAAUCAGAAUUUUUCGUGAACAGCAUGCCUGUUGUUAACUAGGGAAUCAUGAUGCGGAUUUUUUGUGGUUACUUUAGACAUAUAUAAUGGUAAUGGAAACAAAGAAAACGAGCUUUCAAUAAUUGUGCAACCAAAGAAGAAUUUUUGACAACAAAAUACUUGCGACAUAUGCUUCUUUUACAGAAUUACAUGUCAAUUGAUUUCUGCGAAUACACUUUCAGAUUUAUGAAAUUUCGAAGAUGUGGCACCAAACACGACUUACAGCCGUCAUCCACUAGCAAAUAUUGUAAUGUGCAGACAUCUGUCGUUUGUUUUAUAUACAUUUCAUUUCUUUCUAGAUGAAAGAAUAUGUUUUAUAUAUAAUAUUAAAUUAAUUUAAUUAUAGUGAAGCAUCUUUGCGAUCGUUAAUUAUAGAUCUUCACCCUCAAGCGUCUCGUCAAUAAAUGAUGGCUCUCUUGAAAUAUCCCUCGAUAUCAUCUCCUAUUUUCUAUUAAAUCGUCAUUACGUUGAAAUCGGAAGCAGUAGGUAAACAAAAUGUUUUAUUUUUAGUUCCAAUUUAUUCGUAAUCAGGUAGGGAUUUACGCAUAAUUCAAACAAAAUGUCUUAUAACUGUAUCAAUUCUUCCACUAACGAGAAAUAAUACAAUUUCAGAUGAUAGUAAAGUUUUUGUUUUUAUUUCAGAUUGUUUGUUUAUUUAGUUUUUUUUCCCUCCCUGCAAUGGCUCGAAAAAAAUCAUGUAAUACAAAUGCAACGCAAGAAACAGAAAAUGUGAAUAAGAAAAGUAAGUUUCAUAUUUUUCGUCUCUUUUGACAAUACGAUAUCUAAUUUUAGAUUACGUACAAAACAAAAAUUUUCCAAGGAAAAUUCCAAAUAAUUCGAACACAAUUAGUAGUUUUCUUUUAGUUGGUACACCACAGGAAGAAGGAAAAACUACAAAUGAUGAAAAUAUUCAUUCAUUGAUACAAGAAGCUGAUUCGAAAGAAAAAGAAAUGGACAAAUUGAUCUUUUGUGAUAUUUCAAAUAAAAACGAUGAACUUGAUGUAAGUCCUGAACAUGCAAAUACAGUUAUAUAUGAUUUAACAAGUCCUCGAGUUAUUGUUGGUCAAAAACGACAUAUUGAAGAAUCAUCUGAUUCAGUUGUUGAAGGAAACAAUACCGAUGAAUUAAUUCGAUUAAAAAAAAAAUGUUUAGAGAUCGAAAAAAGGGUUGAAGUUCUUGAAAUGACAUGGAUGCCAUGUCCAGAGCAUCUGGACACGGUUCAAAAUAUCUUUAAUGGCAUUAUAGAAGAUAUUAAUAAUGAUCGUGUUGUUAUGAACAAUAACAACAAAAUGUCAGAUUCAAAUAAUGGAUUAAAUAUUGAUUCAGAAAUUUUAUUUGCAUUAAAAAAAGAUAGUUCAACUGCUACUGCUCGUAGCAUAUUGAAAUAUUUGUAUCCACAUCCACCAGUUAACUUUAAAUUAUUCGAUGUUGAUUCAGCACUUGUUGCUGAUAUUGUUCGUUAUUCAAAAGAAUGUCAUCCUGAUGAUGCAUCAACAACAGCUCGAAUUCGUCAUGCUAUGUCCAAUUAUUUCGCAUUAAUUACGUAUAGAAAAAAACGGAAAUCGAUUAUUUCGAAUACAACUAUUCAGAAUCAAUAA